UUGUACCUUCACCUUCCACAAAUGUCCUAAAAAAGAUCCCGCUCGUAGCCCUAGUUCUCAGUUCUUCGUUACUCACUCGAGGAAAGUACACCACAGCUUCAUCGUCAUUCGGCUCAUCUAUUUCAAAACCCUAGAAGAUGUCAGGCGGUUUCUUCCGGGGUACUACGGCCGAUCAAGACACUCGUUUCUCAAACAAGCAUGCUAAGCUUCUUAAAUCGCAGAAGUUUCCACCUGAAUUGGAAAAUCUGGUGGACAUGACAAAGGUUAAGAUGGAUGUCAUGCGCCCAUGGAUAGCUCACAGGGUGACUGAACUUCUUGGAUUUGAAGAUGAAGUUCUGAUCAACUUUAUUUAUGGACUUUUAGAGGAGAAGGUAGUUAAUGGCAAAGAGAUUCAAAUUUCACUUACUGGGUUUAUGGAGAAAAAUACAGGGAAAUUUAUGAAGGAGCUCUGGACACAUCUUCUGAGUGCCCAGAAUAAUGCCAGUGGUGUCCCUCAACAGUUCUUGGAUGCCAAGGAGGAAGAAACUCGAAAGAAGCAGGAGGAUACGGAUCGUAUAACCAGAGAAUUGAAGAGAACAAAAGAGAAAGAAGGGCGUGAGCGGGAGGCUGAACAAGAAAGAGUGAAGAUGGACAGAGAGGUUGCUGCUGCUGCUACGUUGGAGCCCCACUCAAGGAGUCGCACUAAAGAUUCUAGCAAAUGGUCAACUGUAGAUGACAAAGGGACAGAUGAUAGGAAUAAUGGCUCAAAAGCAACACCCAGGAUCACCCGCUCUCCACAUUCACCUCAUCAUUCUCUCUCACCACCUCGAGGUACACGUUCAAGAUCAGUUAGCAAGUCAUUCUCUAAUUCCAGAAGUCAUUCAAGGUCCAGAAGCCUGUCAGCAUCUCCUAAACCUCCAAGGCGUUCAGUUUCUUCUGAAAGGAGGCGCCGAGUUGACUCACGUCUGCAUUCCCCAUCCCCUCCACCACGUCCACGUGGACGCUCACCUUCACCUGCAAGGCGAAGGCUGCGAUCCCCUGUGAGACGCAGAUCUCGGUCUCCCAUGUGGCGCAGAUCACGGUCACCUAUAAGGCGUAGGUCCCGCACACCCAUCCGGCGAAGGUCCCGCUCUCCCAUCCGCCGGAGGUCACGUUCUCUCCUCCGGCGAAGAUCACGUUCUCCCCUCCGGCGAAGGUCCCGCUCUCCACUCCGGCGAAGGUCACGUUCUCCGAUCAGGCGCAGGUCACGUUCUCCGGUCAGGCGAAGGUCGCGUUCUCCGAUCCGGCGAAGGUCUCCGUCUCCGUUUCAACGCAGGCCUAGAUCUCCUUUCCGUCACGGGUCACAAUCCUCUGCGUCUCCUCCGCCACGCCAGGUGUCAGUGUCUCCUUCACCGGUUCGUCGGAGGUCCCCAUCUCCUCCUGUAAGGCGGCGAUACCAGAGAGCACCGUCAAUUCCACGUCAUCGGUCUCCUUCGCCAGCUAGGCGUAGGCCAGCUUUUCCCACCCGUCAAAGAUCCCCUCCAAGUCCUCGGAGUAUGUCUUCUUCUCCAUCAAGGCAGAUGUCUCUUUCCCCUAGACAUGCUACACCCCUGAAAAGUUUCAGGGGAUCACCAAGGCGCCAACAACAGAGAUCACCUGUACAAUCUCCUAGAGAUGGACACAGAGGUGUUCAGAGAAGUGUUGUUGAUCGUCAAGCUCCACGAAAAGAGACUGCUCCACCUCCUGUUGCAGGAAGGUCUUUGGAAAGAGAUUCAAAGGGCAGGAGAACUUCUCAUAAUGGAGGGCCAGCUUUGUCUUCACCACAACAUAGCUCUCCUAUGGGUUCUGUAUCUCCCCCACCUGCUGCCAGAAGUCCUAGUGUCGAGAGGAGCCCUAUACUUCCAAGGAGACAGAAAGAAACUAUGGAUACCAAGGACUGUAUGGAUAAUGUUGAGGUUGAAGAAAGGACCUUUUCCAGAGUGAAGGAAGAGAAACAUGCCAAGAACAAAAAUUCUCCUGAAAAGUUAACUAGUCAUCACCGAAAGAGCAAGAACGAUGAUGUAAGGAGGAAAUACCCCGAUGAAGUUACAGAGAAUCCCCCACGAAACCGUAAGGACAUUUUAGCAGCUGAAAAAGGGUAUAAAGCUGGUGAUGAUAAUAAGGAAGCAGCAGCAGCAAAGUUGCAAAAAAGUGGGUCAUUGGAUUCUGGUGGGUCGGAUGAAAGUGAUGGUGGAAAGAGAAAACGCAAAAGGUCAAAAAAGAAAGACGUGACAUCAGAUGAUGAUGAUGAUGAUUAUAGCCAUCAUAGUCAUGAUGACUCUCACACAGAAGACAAAAAGGAAGCUAAAAAACGACGCAAAGAGGAGAAACGAUUGAAAAAAGAGGAAAGGCGCAAACGACGUGAGGAACGACGUCGCAGGAAGGCAGAAAAGCAGAAAGGCAGGAAAGCAAGCGGGAAUGUUUCUCCAUCUUCAGAUGAAAAUGAGGAAGAUGCUGAUCAGAAGAAACUUGAAAUUGAGUUGAGGGAAAAAGCUCUUGAAUCUCUCAGAGCUAAAAAGGGCAGCAUUGGUCAUUAGUUUUGUUGUUGAUUUUCAAUGCUUCCUUUUCUUUUUAAAAAAACUUUAAAAUAUUAUUAUGUUUUCUUUCUCCCUAUGACAUGACAUUUGCAUUUUGGUUGUGUAUUGUAUUGUUGAUAACUGUUUAAUACACUUUGUCUGUCUUUGCUGAUGGCAGCUGAACGGAAUUCAAGGAUAUUCAUCGUGCUGACUUCCCUUCUGCUAAGUUUGCCGGUAAUAAAUGUUUUCCUUUUUGCUGGGGACUUA